GCACCCUGUGGGGAGGGUGUCAGGGUGGGGGGACGUCACCCUCCCUAACCCAACCCCCAGCAGCCUCGUCCCUAAGCGUGUUCCAUCCGCUCGGUGCUGUGGGUUUGGCAACAGCCAAAAGAGCCCCCAGAUCACUGCAGGGGCAGCUGAGCAAACUGGGGGGACCCGGCCCCUCUGGUGGGGUCUCAUCCCCCGUGCGUUUUCUCUUGCAGUCUGAGUACCACUACGAGUACACGGCAUGCGACAGCGCGGGCGCACGGUGGAGGGUGGCGGUGCCCCACACACCGGGACUCUGCACCGGGCUGCCGGACCCCGUCAAGGGCACCGAGUGCUCUUUCUCGUGCAAGGCGGGCGAGUUCCUCGACAUGAAGGCGCAGGCGUGCAAGCCCUGCGCCGAGGGCACCUACUCGCUGGGCACCGGCGUGCGCUUCGACGAGUGGGACGAGCUGCCCCACGGCUUCGCCAACGUCGCCGCCAACCUGGAGCUGGACGACGGCUUCAGCGAUGUGGUGGAGAACUGCACCGCGUCGACGUGGGUGCCGCUGGGGGACUACAUCGCCUCCAACACAGACGAGUGCACGGCCACGCUGAUGUACGCCGUCAGCCUGAAGCAGUCGGGCACCGUCUCCUUCGAGUACAUCUACCCCGACAGCAGCAUCGUCUUUGAGUUCUUUGUGCAGAACGACCAGUGCCAGCCCACGGUGGAGGAGUCGCGCUGGAUGCGCACCACGGAGAAGGGCUGGGAGUUCCACAGCGUGGAGCUGAGCCGUGGUAACAACGUGCUCUACUGGAGGACCACGGCGUUCUCCGUCUGGUCCAAGGUCCCCAAGCCCGUGCUGGUGCGGAACAUCGGGAUCACAGGGGUCGCCUACACCUCCGAGUGCUUCCCCUGCAAACCCGGCACCUUCGCCUCCGCCGCCGGCUCCUCCUCCUGCCAGCUGUGCCCCGCCAACAGCUUCUCCAGCAAAGGGGCCACUGCCUGCCAGCCCUGCGAGCCCACCGCCUACGCGGAGCCCGGCUCGGCGUCCUGCAAGGUGCGCCCGCCCUGCACCGAUAAGGAUUACUUCUACACGCACACGGCGUGCGAUGCCAACGGGGAGACGCAGCUGAUGUUCAAGUGGGCAGAGCCGAAGAUCUGCAGCGAGGCGCUGCCCGGCGCUGCCCAGCUGCCCCCCUCGGGGCUGAAGACCCGCUGCCCCCCCUGCAACCCCGGCUUCUACAAAAGCAACGGCAGCGCCUGCGAGCCGUGUCCUUACGGCUCCUACUCCAACGGCUCUGGCUGCGUGCGCUGCCCGGCCGGCACCGAGCCGGUGCUGGGGCUGGAGUACAAGUGGUGGAACGUGCUGCCCCCCAACAUGGAGACCACCGUGCUCAGCGGCAUCAACUUCGAGUACAAGGGGAUGGCAGGCUGGGAGGUGGCUGGGGACUACAUCUACACGGCAGCAGGAGCCUCCGACAACGACUUCAUGAUCCUGACGCUGCUGGUGCCCGGCUUCAGCCCCCCGCAGCCAGCGCUGGAGGACGGGGACAGCAAGGAGGUGGCGCGGAUCACCUUCGUCUUCGAGACGGUCUGCAGCGUCAGCUGUGAGCUGUACUUCAUGGUGGUGAGUGGUGGCGGGGGGGUGGCGCGGCCGGGGCGCGGGGUGCCCACGUCCCCCGUUGCUGACCCCCCCAGGGCAUCAACUCGCGCACCAACACGCCGGUGGAGACGUGGACGGGCCCCCGGGGGAAGCAGUCCUACACCUACGUGGUGGAGAAGAAUGCCACCACCAGCUUCACCUGGGCCUUCCAGCGCACGCGCUACCGCGAGGCGGGCCGGCGUUACACCAGUGACGUGGCCAAGCUCUACUCCGUCAAUGUCACCAACGUGCUGGGGGGGGUGGCUUCCUUCUGUCGCCGCUGCGCCAGCACUGGGGGGCCCUGUGCCCCCUGCCCCCCCGGGCACGCCCUGGACCACAGCACCGGCACCUGCCAGCCCUGUCCCCCCGGCACCUUCCUGCGGGGGCACCCGCCCGACGGCCCCCCCGCCUGCCAGCCCUGCGGCCCCGGCACCCGCAGCAACCAGGUCCGCUCCUUCUGCUACAGCGACUGCACCUUCUCGCUGGCCCUGCCCGGCCGCACGCUGCACUACGACUUCUCGGCACUGUCCGCCAGCACCGCCUUCACCAGCGGCCCCAGCUUCACCUCCAAGGGCCUCAAGUACUUCCACCACUUCAACAUCAGCCUCUGCGGCAACCACGAAGGCGGCCUCGUGCACGGACAACGUGACGGACGCGCGGCUCCCGGACGAGGGCGGCCCCGGGCGGGUGGUGACGUCCCACGUGUGCCAGGCCAUCGUGGUGCCCUCGGACGUGGUGGGCCACCGCGCCGCCGUGUCCUCGCAGCCCGUCAGCCUGGCAGACCGCCUCCUGGGCGUCACUGUGAGCUCCGCGUUGGAUGGCAUCACCGCGCCCCCCGAGCUGUUCCCCCCCGCCAGCCCCGAGCUGCCCGACAUCGUCUUCUUCUUCAGGUCCAGCGAGGUGACGCAGUCCUGCGCCGGGGGCCGGGCCACCACCAUCCGCCUGCGCUGUGACCCACAGCGGCCGGGCACCGGCGGCCUGGCUGUGCCCAGCAAAUGCCCCGAGGGAACCUGUGACGGCUGCACCUUCCACCUUCUUUGGGUGACGGCCGAGGGCUGCCCGCGCUGCUCCGCCAGCCACUUCCGCGCCAUCGUGGGCGCGUGCCAGGGCGGCGUGCAGAGGACCAUGUACGUGUGGCGGGAGCCGCGGCUGUGCCAUGGGGGGCAACGCCUGCCCGCCCCCCGGGUCCACCCGUGCCGCAGCGCCGAGUUCUGGCUGAAGGUGGGGGUCUCGGCGGGGACGUGCGCGGCCGUGCUGCUGGCCGCCCUGGCCGCCUACUUCUGGAAGAAGAACCAAAAGUUGGAGUACAAGUACUCGCGGCUGGUGCUGAACGCGGCGGCCAAGGAGAGCGAGCUGCCGGCACCGGAUAGCUGCGCCAUCAUGGAGGGAGAGGAUGGGGAGGAUGAGCUCAUCUUCGCCAGCAAGAAGUCCCUGCUGGGCAAGAUCCGCUGCCUGGCCACCAAGCGCACCCCAGACGGCUUUGACUCCGUCCCCCUGAAGCCAUCGUCCGGUGGCACUGACCUGGAGCUGUGAGGGGGCUGUCCCCCCCCCCUGCCCCGUGGCCUUACAGACCCACAGAGCCCCGGGGCACUUUUGUCUCCCCCCCCUCCUGGGAAAAGC